AUGCGCAUCUCACACGUCGUCAUCGGCAGUGCCGCCGUGACCACCGCAAUACCGUGGGGCCCAAGUCCAUGGGGCUCCGAUGCGUCGAAGGAAUUCUCACUCGACAGGCUCAUAGACCUGACACCCUUUGACGUAAACCGCUUCAAGCUCAAGUCACCUCAAGACCUUCUCGCCCAGUUCGACAGCACCUCCCGCGUUCCUGCGCCGGUCGCAGACAAGACAAAAGCACCACGGCCAAUAGUAGCUCCGUCACCCAGCCGCAACGACACCGGAGCGUCCAGCGCCAAGGUCGGCCACAACACGGCCGCCGGCGGGCCCUGCACCCAACCGGCCGUCCGUCCCGAAUGGCGCAACAUGACCGCCGAGGGGCGCCGAGAGUACGUCAGGGCCGCCAAGUGCCUCGUCGACAGGCCGAGCGAAGGCAGGUUCCAGGGUUCACACAACCGCUACGAGGACCUGGUCUGGGUCCACCACCAGAUGACGGACCAGCUGCACGGAUAUGCGCAGUUCCUCCCCUGGCACCGCCGCUUCGUCAACGUCUACGAGACGGCGCUGCGCGACGAGUGCGGCUACCGCGGCCCCAUGCCGUGGUGGGACGAGACGCGCGACGCCGGCAACUUUGCCGGCGCUCCCGUCUUCACGCCCGAGUACUUUGGCACCGCGCCAAUAAGGACCCGCGAGGGCCGCGGCGGUUGCAUCACCGACGGCGUCUUUUCCGGCAUGCUGGUGCACAUCGGACCCGGGACCGCCUUUGAGGAGCACUGCCUGUCGCGGGCGGUGGACGAGUCUCUGACCAGGGAGGUCAGUCAGGCCACCAUCAACCAGGUUCUCCGCCAGAGCAACUUUGAGAGCUUUGCGGGCUUGAUCGAGGGUUGGCCGCACGCCUACGGUCACAAUGGAGUCGGCGCCGUCAUGUCCGACGUGGGCCCCGCACCCGGCGACCCCAUCUUCUUCCUGCACCACGCCUUUAUCGACCGCAUCUGGUGGGAGUGGCAGAACGUCGACCGGGACACCAGGGUCUAUGAACUUGCCGGCAAGGUCAAUGACAGGAACAAGCGCAUCACGCUCGACUACGUCUUGACGAUGAGGGGAAUACAACCGGACGUCAGGGUCCAGGAUGUCAUGGACACUUAUGGAGACACACUUUGCUAUACUUAUGACUACUAA